UACAUUAUAAUAGUUUUGCAGGGCCUAUUAAACUGCUUACUGCUGUGUGUACAUUUUCAGAAGUUUUCAGCAUUUCUGAGGGCUAUUCUGAACUAUUCGUUGUUUCUUUUCUCUGUGUGAACAAGUUAACAUUUGUCUAUCUGGCAUGAAAGUUAAAAGUUAAAUAUCAUGCCAUGGUUUUGGAAAUUAAAUGCUGCUGAACUGAUGUUGAGGUGUGUCAUAAAAAUAAUGACGUAUAUCCGGUUCUGGUGCCCUGUAGUGCACACAGGACUGUGCUCGGAGUACAACAGGAGAACGCUGUGGAAAGUGUCUGACGUUAGUAGUUUGUAAAUAGAACACCCCAUUUAUGUGUUGCCCGGAGAAACGUGAGAAUGGCAGAUGACAAGGAUGUAUUACGAGAUGUCUGGUUCGGGAGGAUUCCAACGUGUUUCACCCUAUACCAGGAUGAGGUCACUGAGAGAGAGGCUGAGCCCUUUUAUCUCCUCCUGCCCAGGGUCAGCUACUUAACACUUGUCACUGACAAGGUGAAGAAGCAUUUUCUGAGAAUCAUGAAGCAAGAAGAUGUUGAGGAGAUGUGGUUUGAAUACGAAGGACUACCUUUGAAAUGGCAUUACCCGAUCGGAGUGUUGUUUGAUCUCCAUGCUUCUAACACUGCCCUGCCCUGGAGCGUCACUGUGCACUUUAAGACUUUCCCUGAGCGGGACCUGCUCCACUGCCCAACCAAUUCUGUGAUCGAGGCCCACUUCAUGUCCGGCAUCAAGGAGGCUGAUGCACUCAAGCACAAGGGCCAGGUUAUCAACGACAUGCAAAAGAAAGACCACAAGCAGCUGUGGAUGGGCCUUCAGAAUGAUAAAUUUGACCAGUUCUGGGCCAUGAAUCGAAAGCUGAUGGAAUAUCCAACAGAGGAGGGCGGUUUCCGCUACAUACCCUUCAGGAUAUACCAGGCUAUGAGUGACAGGCCUUUCAUCCAGAGGCUCUUCCGGCCAGUCUCAGCAGAUGGCGUAGCCCACACUCUGGGGGACCUUCUGAAGGAGAUGUGUCCGUCUGCUAUACCACAAGACGACGAGCCGAAGCGAUAUCAGGUGGUGAUUCACGGCAUCGAGCCCAUGCUGGAGACGCCCAUUCAGUGGCUGAGCGAGCACCUGAGUCACCCUGACAACUUCCUCCACAUCAGCAUCAUCCCGGCGCCCAGCGACUGAGACGAAGAGAGAGAUAGCAUUGCCUUGUUUCCUGGCGACCAGGAGUUGUUUCACGGAGCCUCCGUGUUUGGGCUCUCUCUGGAGAAAAGCCAAGGGGGGGUGGGGGGAGGGCGACGUCAGCGAGCGUGAAGAUUCAGCGUAAGGUCACCCGCUCUCCAGCUCACAGCGGCACUUUGAAGAACUCAAUAUCUGUGUAUCUCUCUCUCUCUCUCUCUCUAUCUGUGUGUUUUCUCACAUCACUGCAUCACGUCGUCUUUGCUCCUUUUCUGCAUCCUCUGCUCGAGGAGGGUGAGGGCACAUGAACUGUCUCCAAGCCAGCAGAAGAGCCAAACGUUGCUGCCUGAUGGAAAGGCAGCUCUGCUGUGCUGCCUAACCUCUCUCACUCUCUCACUUUCCACUUCCCAGUCCCGCUCCAGACAGACGGACAGACAGACAGACAGACAGACAGCCUCAGACUAGUGGGAUUCCCCAUUGAUGUUGCCUUAGUGUCUUGAUUCCCACUACACACACACACACACACACACACACACACACACACACACACACACACACACACACACACACACACACACACACACACACACACACAUACACACACACACACGCUCUCAGAUACAGUCCCACAGAAUCCAACACAAAGCUUUCUCUGAGUUACUUUUUUUUUCCCUUUCUUUUCCCCUACCCGCAGCAAAAAGAAGUUAUCUCACUUAUCUACCACUCCACUCUCUCUCUCUCUCUCUCUCUCUCUCUCUCUCUCUCUGUCUUUCUCUCACUCCUUCUUCUCUCUUCUCUUCUCUCUCUCUAAUUUGUGUGUAAUUUACUCCCCGUUCGCCUCAGAUCUUCCCUCUCAGAUCGCUGUUAAUUAUCUGUCGGAAUCCUGUUUGUCGUUAAAUGCGGCCGCUAAACUGCCACGCUCGCUGCCAAAGUCCUGACGGGGGGGUUGAUUAGAGGCAUCACUCACAGUCAUGCCAUGAGAGAGGUGUGAAAAGCUGGAAUGGAAUUCGUCCGCGUCUGUGGCGGCGCCUCUCAUGUCACACACACACACACACGAGCCGAGGGGAUUUUUGUAUUUUGGGAAGAGCUUGGUGAUGUCACAACCAUCUCCACAUGCCGCACAUGUCUUUCCCUGCAUGUGCAUGUGAGUCAUUGAGGAGGGGGGGGGGGGGCGGUAGUCGAGGGGGGGGAUGUUAGGGUAUUUGGGUCCAUCAAGCUUUUCUGGGAAUUUAGUUUUAUUUCCGGUGGUGUGCGGGAAUGAUGACACUCGAGGAGCAAACCUGCCGUCUGUUUGUCCACGGCUGGGCAAUUAUGUUUAUUUUUUUGUUGUGUGUGUGUAGUCUGGCUUUCGUUGCAUUCUUCUAAAUCCUCCCCACAUCGUUAAGGACUCUCAAGGCUUGAUCACUUUCCAAGAUCCUGCGCUAAAAGAGGAAGAAGACGACGGUUCAGUUUCCCUUUGGCCCGAGCUGAUUUUGAGCCAAGCCAGGCCCCAGGCCACACCACACCACACCAGGCCGGUGACCUGGUCGGACCACCGGACGGGAGGGUGGUGCUUGUGACACCUGUAUAUUUGGGCAGUGGUUCCCUCAGAGGUCAGUGGGCUGUCCAGAGACACUGUCAAGAGGUGAACUCUGAGGUCACAUCCUCUUCCUCCUCCUCCCCCCCCCCCCCUUCAUUUAUUCUCAUUUUUUUUGCUUGGUUUAGCCACCCCCACCCCACCCUCCACUUCCCAAGUCCUUUUUUGAUUGGCUGAUUCAUCUCUAUCAGAGAAGCAGCACCAGUUCUGCUCUUAACCCCCCCCCCCCCCCCCCCCCCAUUGAAGAGGUGACAGUUUGGGGGCAGAGGUCGCAAACACAAACAGAAUCCGUCACACUAACCCUAGAAACCACAAGACAUUUUUUUUUCUCUUGUUAAAUUGCUUCCUAAGAACACUUUUCCGUUCCUUUCCGGUGCGCCACUGCUGAACUUUAACUGCUGGAGUUGAGUUGCUGGUGAGACAAACACAUUUGUUUGUGUUUAGUCAACGGGGAUGCGGGGAGGGUAGAAUGAGACGGGGAAGCAGACGCCAGAGUAGGAGGAUGAGGGGGGGGCUGAGACUGAUUAUUUACUAAUAGGAAUCAGUGAGUGUUUUCCCCCCGGGACCUGACCGUCAACACACAGCCAGCAAGAAUGGGGGGGCCAGGAGACAGGGUCUGACUGAGGCUGCCAUCAACAGGCUUCUCAGCAGAGCCAUUUGUGUGUGUGUGUGUGUGCGUGUGUGUGUGUGUGUGUGUGUGUGUGUGUGUAUGUGUGUGUGGGUUCAGCAUAAAAGUGUGUGUCUCAGCUUGUUUGCAAAAGCAGCAGUCCAUCGUUAUCGCCAAACAAAGCAGUUUGGCAAAGAGUAAAGGGUGUCUUUGUUUGGUCUCUUCCUUUUUUUUUGUCUUCCUUUCUUUUCGUCUUCUCUUUCUUCGUCUCCCCCCUGCUAACUCCCAUGUUCAUUUACCUGAGAGCGAUGUGCUAAGGAGACCGUCAUCUUUCCCUGAGAGCGAUGAGCUAAAGAGACUGUCAUCUCAGACAAGUUCAUUCACUCAGAAUCUUAACAGAAUAGUUUGGAUUUUGAUGACUGUUUUCACUUACUGAUUCUUCUGUACAGAACAAUAUUUCAAAUGGUUUAUUUGAAUUCUCUUUUGUGUGGCUUGCUUUUUCCUGUUUUUGCUACUGAUAUUAAAAUGCUGUAAACCUUUUUUUUGUUUUUUUUUCUGUAGCAUUAACAUUUAAUUAAAACAAUUGUAUUUUCUAA